AUGCUUAUUGCAAAACUACAACACACAAAUCUUGUGCAGUUGCUAGGAUGCUGCAUUGACAAGGAUGAGAAGAUGUUGAUUUACGAAUACAUGCCUAACAAGAGCCUUGAUUACUUCCUCUUUGAUCCACUGAGGAAAAAUGUUCUAGAUUGGAGGAUGCGGUUUAGGAUCAUGGAAGGGAUAAUUCAAGGGCUAUUGUACCUUCACAAGUACUCGAGAUUGAAAGUGAUACACAGAGACAUCAAAGCCUAG